CUUCGCUGAGAGAGGGAACCAGUGGGUCGAUCAUGGGCAAGAAGAAGAGCGGCAAUGCCGGCGGGGGUUGUGCGGAGGAGGCGGAGGUGGCGAGGGAGUUCGUGCUGAAGGUGGCGAUGCACUGCCACUGCAACGGGUGCAAGGGCAAGGUGCGCGCCGCCGUCAGGGACAUCACGCUGGACCCGGGCGUGGAGGCGGCGGACAGCUCGGCGGCCGAGAGCAGCGGCGAGGUGCGCCUGCUCGCCACGGCCGACCCCGAGCGGCUCCGGCGGCGCCUCCACAAGGCCACGGGCAAGAAGGUCGACCUCCUGCUGCCCAAGGAGCCGGCUCCGUCCAAGAAGCAGGAGAACGCCGACGCCGCCACGCUGCAGGCGCUGCUCGCCCAGCUGCAGCUGCAGGCGCCGCCUCAGGCCCGUCAGCAGUACGGCGGCCAGGGCGCCGCCCCGUGGGCUAACCACCACCAGCAGCAGCUCGCGCUCGGCGGCUGCUUCAACAAUGCCGUUGACAACGGCGCGGCGUACCCGUGGCCGUCCUCAUCCUCCUACUACCCUCCCGCGCCCACCACUGCUUGGGGCACGUACGGGUAUGCUCCUCCGGCCCCUGCUCCGGUCCAUGGUAACGUCGGCCACUACGGCGGCGCCCCGGCGUGGCUCGGGUACUGAGGUCGCAGACAGUCCCCGCGCGCCCCACGUUCCAGACCGGAACGACAACGAUGUCAUCCAAUCCGUUCUACCGUAGAUUAGUACUGGAGUAUAUUUGUUACGCUAUUCAGUGUGUUUGCUUGGAUGAUUAGCACUAAGCUAGUAGUAAUGCUCGUAUUAUGUGUGGUCUUUUUGUUUUGAACUAAUUGUGCGAGGUCCGUGUCGAUGGGAUACGGUGACCUGAUGUGAUGUACUGCUGUCGCUAAAUCUGCAUAAAUAUACUCUUUUGGCAA